CCAUGCCUAAAGGCCCCACGGCUGAGAUGCCAGUCCUGCAGGCUGGCACAGCCCCCAGGGCAAGGGACAGGGGAAGAGUCAGCUGGAGAGUCUAUGGGCGGACGUCGAAAAAGGAAUGUGAAUACAGCACCCCAGUUCCAGCCUCCCAGCUACCAGGCCACAGUGCCAGAGAACCAGCCAGCAGGUACCCCUGUGGCCUCCCUGCGAGCCAUCGACCCGGAUGAGGGCGAGGCCGGCCGGCUAGAGUACACCAUGGAUGCCCUCUUUGACAGCCGUUCCAACCACUUCUUCUCGCUGGACCCCAUCACUGGUGCUGUGACCACCGCUGAGGAGCUGGACCGAGAGACCAAGAGUACCCACGUCUUCAGGGUCACGGCCCAGGAUCACGGAAUGCCCCGCCGCAGUGCCCUGGCCACACUUACCAUCUUGGUGACAGACACCAACGACCACGACCCUGUCUUUGAGCAGCUGGAGUACAAGGAGAGCCUCAGGGAAAACCUGGAGGUGGGCUAUGAGGUGCUCACCGUCAGGGCCACCGAUGGCGAUGCCCCACCUAAUGCCAACAUCCUGUACCGCCUGCUGGAGGGUCCCGGAGGCAGUCCCUCGGAAGUCUUUGAAAUUGACCCUCGCUCUGGGGUGAUCCGAACCCGCGGCCCUGUGGACCGGGAAGAGGUGGAGUCCUAUCAGUUGACAGUGGAGGCGAGCGACCAGGGUCGAGACCCAGGUCCCCGGAGCACCACAGCCGCUGUUUUCCUCUCUGUGGAGGAUGACAAUGACAAUGCCCCCCAGUUCAGCGAGAAGCGCUACGUGGUCCAAGUGCGGGAAGAUGUGGCCCCAGGGGCCCCAGUACUCCGGGUCACGGCCUCCGAUCGGGACAAGGGCAGUAACGCCCUGGUGCACUACAGCAUCAUGAGCGGCAACGCCCGGGGCCAGUUCUACCUGGACGCCCAGACGGGGGCUCUGGAUGUGGUGAGCCCCCUGGACUAUGAGACGACCAAGGAGUACACCCUACGUGUGCGGGCACAGGAUGGCGGCCGCCCCCCCCUCUCCAACGUCUCUGGCCUGGUGACAGUGCAGGUCCUGGAUAUUAAUGACAAUGCCCCCAUCUUCGUCAGCACCCCGUUCCAGGCCACUGUCCUAGAGAGUGUCCCUUUGGGCUACCUGGUCCUCCACGUUCAGGCCAUCGAUGCCGAUGCUGGCGACAAUGCCCGCCUGGAAUACCGCCUCGCUGGGGCCGGGCACGACUUCCCCUUCGCCAUCAACAAUGGCACGGGCUGGAUCUCGGUGGCUGCCGAGCUGGACCGGGAGGAGGUCGAUUUCUACAGCUUUGGGGUCGAAGCUCGGGACCACGGCAGCCCUGCGCUCACCGCCUCAGCCAGCGUCAGCGUGACCGUCCUGGACGUCAAUGACAACAACCCCACCUUCACCCAGCCGGAGUACACGGUGCGGCUCAACGAGGAUGCGGCGGUGGGCACCAGCGUGGUGACGGUGUCCGCCGUGGACCGGGACGCCCACAGCGUCAUCACCUACCAGAUCACCAGCGGCAACACCCGCAACCGCUUCUCCAUCACUAGCCAGAGCGGCGGGGGGCUGGUGUCUCUCGCCUUGCCGCUGGACUACAAGCUUGAGCGCCAGUAUGUGCUGGCGGUCACUGCCUCCGAUGGCACGCGCCAGGACACAGCGCAGGUCGUGGUCAACGUCACUGACGCCAACACGCACCGCCCCGUCUUUCAGAGCUCCCACUACACGGUGAACGUCAAUGAGGACCGGCCCGCCGGUACCACGGUGGUACUGAUCAGCGCGACGGACGAGGACACCGGCGAGAACGCCCGCAUCACCUACUUCAUGGAGGACAGCAUCCCCCAGUUCCGCAUCGACGCGGACACAGGGGCCGUCACCACCCAGGCCGAGCUGGACUACGAGGACCAGGUGUCCUACACGCUGGCCAUCACGGCCCGUGACAACGGCAUCCCCCAAAAGUCCGAUACCACCUACCUGGAGAUCCUGGUGAACGAUGUCAAUGACAACGCCCCCCAGUUCCUCCGGGACUCCUACCAGGGCAGCGUCUAUGAGGACGUGCCCCCCUUCACGAGCGUCCUGCAGAUCUCGGCCACUGACCGAGACUCCGGCCUCAACGGCCGGGUCUUCUACACCUUCCAGGGAGGCGACGACGGGGACGGAGACUUUAUCGUGGAGUCCACGUCGGGCAUUGUGCGGACGCUGCGGAGGCUGGACCGGGAAAACGUGGCCCAGUACAUCCUGCGGGCGUACGCAGUGGACAAGGGGAUGCCCCCGGCCCGCACACCCAUGGAGGUGACGGUCACCGUGCUGGACGUGAACGACAACCCCCCGGUCUUUGAGCAGGACGAGUUCGACGUGUUUGUGGAGGAGAACAGCCCCAUCGGCCUGGCCGUGGCCCGGGUCACAGCCACUGACCCCGAUGAAGGCACCAACGCCCAGAUCAUGUACCAGAUCGUGGAGGGCAACAUCCCCGAGGUCUUCCAGCUGGACAUCUUCUCUGGGGAGCUGACCGCCCUGGUGGACCUGGACUACGAGGACCGGCCCGAGUACGUUCUGGUCAUCCAGGCCACAUCCGCCCCCCUGGUGAGCCGGGCUACAGUCCACGUCCGCCUGCUCGACCGAAAUGACAACCCCCCUGUGCUGGGCAACUUUGAGAUCCUUUUCAACAACUACGUCACCAACCGCUCCAGCAGCUUCCCUGGCGGCGCCAUCGGCCGCGUGCCUGCCCACGACCCGGACAUCUCCGACAGCCUGACCUACAGCUUCGAGCGGGGCAAUGAACUCAGCCUGGUCCUGCUCAACGCCUCCACGGGCGAGCUGCGGCUGAGCCGGGCCCUGGAUAACAACCGGCCCCUGGAGGCCAUCAUGAGCGUGCUGGUGUCAGACGGCGUGCACAGCGUGACAGCCCAGUGCGCACUGCGCGUCACCAUCAUCACGGACGAGAUGCUCACGCACAGCAUCACGCUGCGCCUGGAGGACAUGUCCCCGGAGCGCUUCCUGUCGCCGCUGCUGGGGCUGUUCAUCCAGGCGGUGGCCGCCACGCUGGCCACGCCCCCAGACCACGUGGUGAUCUUCAACGUGCAGCGCGACACCGACGCCCCCGGCGGCCACAUCCUCAACGUGAGCCUGUCGGUGGGCCAGCCGCCGGGGCCCGGUGGCGGGCCGCCCUUCCUGCCCUCCGAGGACCUGCAGGAGCGCCUGUACCUCAACCGCAGCCUGCUGACGGCCAUCUCUGCGCAGCGCGUGCUGCCCUUCGACGACAACAUCUGCCUGCGCGAGCCCUGCGAGAACUACAUGCGCUGCGUGUCGGUGCUGCGCUUCGACUCCUCGGCGCCCUUCAUCGCCUCCUCCUCCGUGCUCUUCCGGCCCAUCCACCCCGUCGGGGGGCUGCGCUGCCGCUGCCCGCCCGGCUUCACGGGCGACUACUGCGAGACCGAGGUGGACCUCUGCUACUCCCGGCCCUGCGGGGCCCACGGGCGCUGCCGCAGCCACGAGGGCGGCUACACCUGCCUCUGCCGCGACGGCUACACAGGUGAGCACUGUGAGGUGAGCGCCCGCUCAGGCCGCUGCACCCCACGUGUCUGCAAAAAUGGGGGCACCUGUGUCAACCUGCUUGUGGGGGGCUUCAAGUGCGACUGCCCAUCUGGAGACUUUGAGAAGCCCUACUGCCAGGUCACCACACGCAGCUUCCCAGCUCGCUCCUUCAUCACCUUCCGGGGCCUGCGCCAGCGCUUCCACUUCACCGUGGCCCUCUCGUUUGCCACGAAGGAGCGGGACGGGCUGCUGCUGUACAACGGGCGCUUCAAUGAGAAGCACGACUUUGUAGCCCUCGAGGUCAUCCAGGAGCAGGUCCAGCUCACCUUCUCUGCAGGGGAAUCAACCACCACCGUGUCCCCAUUCGUGCCAGGGGGGGUCAGUGACGGCCAGUGGCACACGGUGCAGCUGAAGUACUACAACAAGCCGCUGUUGGGCCAGACAGGGCUCCCGCAGGGCCCAUCCGAGCAGAAGGUGGCUGUUGUGACCGUGGAUGACUGUGACACAGGGGUGGCCCUGCGCUUCGGAGCUGUGCUGGGCAACUAUUCCUGUGCUGCCCAGGGCACCCAAGGUGGCAGCAAGAAGUCUCUGGAUCUGACAGGGCCCCUGCUGCUGGGUGGGGUGCCCGACCUGCCUGAGAGCUUCCCUGUGCGGAUGCGGCAUUUUGUGGGCUGCAUUCGGAACCUGCAGGUGGACAGCCGGCAUGUGGACAUGGCUGACUUCAUCGCCAACAAUGGCACCGUGCCUGGCUGCCCAGCCAAAAAGAAUGUGUGUGACAGCAACACCUGCCACAACGGGGGCACCUGUGUGAACCAGUGGGAUGCGUUCAGCUGUGAGUGCCCCCUGGGCUUCGGGGGCAAGAGCUGUGCCCAAGAAAUGGCCAAUCCGCAGCGCUUCCUGGGCAGCAGCAUGGUGGCCUGGCAUGGCCUCUCACUGCCCAUCUCCCAACCCUGGCACCUCAGCCUCAUGUUCCGCACGCGCCAGGCCAACGGUGUCCUGUUUCAGGCCGUCACCAGAGGGCGCAGCACCAUCACCCUGCAGCUUCGGGAGGGCCACGUGGUGCUGAGCGUGGAGGGCACUGGGCUUCAGGCCUCGUCUCUCCAGCUGGACCCGGGCCGCGCCAAUGACGGGGACUGGCACCAUGCACAGCUGGCCCUGGGAGCCAAUGGGGGGCCCGGCCAUGCUGUCCUGUCCUUUGACUACGGGCAGCAGCGGUCAGAGGGCAACCUGGGGCCCCGGCUGCACGGGCUACACCUGAGCAACAUCACGGUGGGUGGAGUGCCUGGGCCGGUCAAUGGUGUGACCCGGGGCUUCCGGGGCUGUUUGCAGGGUGUGCGCGUGAGCGAGACACCCGAGGGUGCCAGCGCGCUGGAUCCGAGCCGAGGGGAGAGAGUGAAUGUGGAGGCCGGCUGCAGCCUGCCAGACCCCUGUGACUCAAACCCAUGCCCUGCCAACAGCUACUGCAGCGAUGACUGGGACAGCUACUCCUGUAGCUGCGAUCCCGGUUACUACGGUGACAACUGCACUAGCGUGUGUGACCUGAACCCCUGCGAGCACCAAUCUGUGUGUGCUCGCAAGCCCAGUGCCCCCCACGGCUAUGCCUGCGAGUGUCCCCCAAACUACCUGGGGCACUACUGUGAGACCAGGAUUGACCAGCCUUGCCCCCGUGGCUGGUGGGGACACCCCAUGUGCGGCCCGUGCAACUGUGACAUCAGCAAAGGCUUCGACCUGGACUGCAAUAAAACCAGCGGCGAGUGCCACUGCAAGGAGAACCACUACCGGCCCCCCGACAGCCCGACCUGCCUCCUGUGUGACUGCUACCCCACGGGCUCCCUGUCCCGUGUCUGUGACCCUGAGGACGGCCAGUGCCCUUGCAAGCCAGGCGUCAUCGGGCGCCAGUGUGACCGCUGUGACAACCCUUUCGCUGAAGUCACCACCAAUGGCUGUGAAGUGAAUUAUGACAGCUGCCCUCGGGCCAUUGAGGCUGGGAUCUGGUGGCCCCGGACCCGCUUCGGCCUGCCCGCUGCAGCCCCCUGCCCCAGGGGCUCCUUUGGAACCGCUGUGCGCCACUGUGACGAGCACAGGGGGUGGCUCCCCCCAAACCUCUUCAACUGCACCUCAGUCACCUUCUCAGAGCUCAAGGGCUUUGCUGAGCGGCUGCAGCGGAACGAGUCAGGCCUGGACUCAGGGCGCUCCCAGCGGUUGGCCCUUCUCCUGCGCAACGCCACGCAGCACACAGCCGGCUACUUCGGCAGCGAUGUCAGGGUGGCUUACCAGCUGGCCGCCCGGCUGCUGGCCCACGAGAGUGCCCAGCGGGGCUUCGGGUUGUCUGCCACGCAGGACGUGCAUUUCACCGAGAACCUGCUGCGGGUGGGCAGCGCCCUCCUGGAUGCAGCCAACAAGCGGCACUGGGAGCUGAUCCAGCAGUCGGAGGGCGGCACAGCCUGGCUGCUGCAGCGCUAUGAGGCCUACGCCAGCGCGCUGGCGCAGAACAUGCGGCACACCUACCUCAGCCCCUUCACCAUCGUCACGCCCAACAUCGUCAUCUCUGUCGUGCGCUUGGACAAGGGGAACUUCGCUGGGGCCAAGCUGCCCCGCUACGAGGCGCUGCGUGGGGAGCGGCCCCCGGACCUGGAGACCACCGUCAUCCUGCCCGAGUCCGUCUUCAGAGAAACAGCCCCCAUGGUCCGGCCGGCGGGCCCCGGCGAGGCCCUGGAGCCCGAGGAGCUGGCGCGGCGGCAGCGGCGGCACCCAGAGCUGAGCCAGGGCGAGGCGGUGGCCAGCGUCAUCAUCUACCGCACCCUGGCCGGGCUGCUGCCGCACAACUACGACCCAGACAAGCGCAGCCUGAGAGUCCCCAAGCGGCCCAUCAUCAACACACCCGUGGUGAGCAUCAGCGUACAUGACGACGAGGAGCUGCUGCCCCGAGCCCUGGACAAGCCCGUCACCGUGCAGUUCCGGCUGCUGGAGACCGAGGAACGCACCAAGCCCAUCUGCGUCUUCUGGAACCAUUCCAUCCUGGUCAGCGGGACUGGAGGCUGGUCAGCCCGCGGCUGUGAGGUCGUCUUCCGCAACGAGAGCCAUGUCAGCUGCCAGUGCAACCACAUGACGAGCUUCGCUGUGCUCAUGGACGUGUCCCGGCGCGAGAAUGGGGAGAUCCUGCCGCUGAAGACCCUGACUUACGUGGCCCUGGGAGUCACCUUGGCCGCCCUGCUGCUCACCUUCCUCUUCCUCACCGCCCUGCGCACCCUGCGCUCCAACCAGCACGGCAUCCGGCGUAACCUGACGGCUGCCCUGGGCCUGGCUCAGCUGGUCUUCCUCCUGGGCAUCAACCAGGCUGACCUCCCUUUUGCCUGCACAGUCAUCGCCAUCCUGCUACACUUCCUGUACCUGUGCACCUUCUCCUGGGCCCUGCUGGAGGCCCUGCACCUGUACCGAGCGCUCACAGAGGUGCGAGACGUCAACGCUGGCCCCAUGCGCUUCUACUACAUGCUGGGCUGGGGCGUGCCCGCCUUCAUCACAGGGCUGGCUGUGGGCCUGGACCCCGAGGGCUACGGAAACCCUGACUUCUGCUGGCUGUCCAUCUAUGACACUCUUAUCUGGAGCUUUGCGGGCCCCGUGGCCUUUGCUGUGUCGAUGAGUGUCUUCCUGUACACCCUGGCAGCCCGUGCCUCCUGUGCAGCCCAGCGGCAGGGCUUCGAGAAGAAAGGCCCCAUCUCUGGCCUGCGGCCCUCCUUCGCCGUGCUCCUGCUGCUGAGUGCCGCCUGGUUGCUGGCCCUGCUCUCGGUCAACAGCGACACCCUCCUCUUCCACUACCUCUGUGCUGCCUGCAACUGCAUCCAGGGCCCCUUCAUCCUCCUCUCCUACGUGGUGCUGAGCAAGGAGGUCCGGAAGGCACUCAAGUUUGCCUGCAGCCGCAAGCCCAGCCCUGACCCUGCUCUGACCACCAAGUCCACCCUGACCUCGUCCUACAAUUGCCCCAGCCCCUACGCAGACGGACGGCUAUACCAGCCCUAUGGAGACUCGGCCGGCUCUCUGCACAGCGCCAGCCGCUCGGGCAAGAGUCAGCCCAGCUACAUCCCCUUCUUGCUGAGGGAGGAGUCCACAUUGAACCCUGGCCAAGGCCCUCCUGGUCUGGGGGACCCCGGGGGCCUGUUCUUGGAGGGUCAAGACCAGCAGCAUGAUCCUGACACGGACUCUGACAGUGACCUGUCCCUGGAAGACGACCAGAGCGGCUCCUAUGCCUCAACCCACUCAUCCGACAGCGAGGAGGAGGAGGAAGAGGCAGCAUUCCCUGGCGAGCCGGGCUGGGACAGCCUGCUGGGGCCGGGCAUUGAGAGACUGCCCCUGCACAGCACCCCCAAGGAUGGGGGCCUAGGGCCUGGGAAGGCCCCCUGGCUGGGAGACUUUGUGACCAUAGCAAAGGACAGUGGUGGCAGCGUGGGCCCAGAGGAGCGCCUGAGGGAGAACGGAGAUGCCUUGUCUCGGGAGGGGUCCCUGGGCCCCCUCCCAGGCCCUUCUGCCCAGCCGCACAAAGGUAUCCUGAAGAAGAAGUGUCUGCCCGCCAUCAGCGAGAAGAGCAGCCUCCUACGGCUGCCCCUGGAACAGGGCACAGCAUCUUCGCGUGGCUCCUCCGUCAGCGAGGGCAGCCGGGGAGGGCCCCCUCCGCGCCCACCGCCCCGGCAGAGCCUGCAGGAGCAGUUGAAUGGGGUCAUGCCCAUCGCCAUGAGCAUCAAGGCGGGCACGGUGGACGAGGACUCAUCAGGCUCCGACAGCGACGACACGUCCAUCUGAGGAGUCCGGCCAGGAGGGGUCCCCACUUAGUGCCAACUCCCUCCCCCACCCCACCCCUCACUGCACUUUGGACCCCUGGGGCCAACAUCUCCAAGAGAAAAAUUUUUCAGAAAAGAGGAAAAAAAACAAAAAAGAGUUUCAAAAAGGAUCUCCACGCGUCAUGACUUCAGGGAUUCAUUUCUUUUUAUACGCUGGAAACGGACUCCCCUCUCCCUUCCCAAAGAGGCCAGGACGGCCCGGGCCGCGCUGGCCGCCCAUCUGCGGUGCCUCUGGGAGGAGAGGGGCUGGGGGGCGUGGCCCUCAGUCGCCACCACCCAAAGGAAGGACAAAGCCAAUGCCCCCAGGGCGCCCGACCGCAGGCGGCCUCGCCUCUCACCCCUGCUGUGCUGCCUCUCCCAGGAACUGAGAAGGCCUUGUCCAGCGAGGGCAGAAGGACUCGGCGCCCUGGACCCCCAAAUGCUGCAUGAACACAUUUUAGGGGGAGCCUGCGCCCCCAGGUGGGGGCGGGGCACCCCAGCCCCUCACCUCUUCCUGCAAUCUGCCGCCCAGGUGUUCGCUCCGUUUGCUGUUGCUGACCCGAAAGUGCUUCAUUCACCGCCCUCCCCACCCGCCGGGGAGGACCAGUCACGUGUUCAUUUACGCUUCUCUGCUGGGUGGGGGUGGGGGUGGGGGAAGUUAAUGCAGUGCUGACUCUGAGGGGCUGCAAGCACAGGUUUCAAGUCUGGGUUCUGGUUUCCACUCGCCCACCCCACCCCCAGCACCCCCAAAUCAGGCCAAGUGCCCUGUGGUAGCCUACAUGUUCUAUUUUUAACCCCUUCUUGGAAUUGGCUCUCUUCUUCAAAGGACCAGGUCCUGCCCCUCUCUUCCCCACCCCACCCACUCCCGACCCCCAGCUCCCUGCGAAGAGAGAGUUAAUAUAUAUAUAUUUUUUAUUUAUUUGCUUUCUGUGUUGGGAUGGGUCUGUGUCCUGCCCAAGGGGUCUGAAGUGGCCGGCACAGGUUGGGUGUGUUCCCAGUGGCCCUGGGGUGGGCACCCAGGCUGUCAUCCCUCCUCCUACUUCCCACCCCCCCCCUCCCCCUCCCCAGUUCUGCCUGCUGCGCUCCUUCCGAGCUGCCAUUUCCUCUAAGCCUGUGUCCCCGACCAGCCAUGCUGACCUUCCUUCUGGAGAGGGUGGUCAGGCAAAGAGGCCACGGGGAGCGUCCCUGUUUCUCAUUUUAAGACUGACCUCUGGAUAUUCCGCCAUGUCGUCUCUCCCCCACCACCUCCCCUCAGCAAUUCCUGCAAAGGGUUAAAAAUUUAACUGGCUUUUACUACUGAUGACUUAUAAAAAUACAAUGAUGCUGGAUGCUAACUCGAUACUAACACCAGGUUGUGCAGGUUGAGUCACUGUAAAUACGGUAGGGUCUUGUCACCGACCUCUGCUUUGUGGUACUCAUGUCCCCAUACUACUGAAUAAACUAAUUCUGUCCGGUG